UUUUAAAAUGUGAAUGGUAUUUUAAAAAUAGAUGAAUAUAAAUGGCUGGUUGUUGCUGGGGGUUGUCCUACUCAGCUGGUCUUCAAGGCCGGUCAGAUCAAGGAAUACUAACAUUGGACCCAGUACUUGGGAGGACUCGGUGACAGCUCUUGGACUAGAUUCAACCAUAGAUAAGGAUUUGAGUGUAUUUGAGAAUGGGAUGCAGAGGGUAGGAAGCAGCUUUGCUAUGCUUAUAAAGGCAGCUCUGGCCCAAAGCAAGAAGAGGAAUCAACAGAAGAAUGAAGUAAAAGAAAGAGAACUACAGGGACAAGAGAAAGUAGAACAGCAGAGUAAAGCAGAUGAUUCCUUGGUCUUGGAAUCCCGCAGUAAGAGAUUUAUCAACCUGCCUGCUGCCUGGAAAGUUAUCUACCAUGAGUUCCCCAAAACAGUUCACAAUGUUAUGGAAAAUGCUGAGAUUAGAUAUGACGCAGAGAGAAAAAACAUCAUUCCCAUAGAUUAUUCUUCCUUGAACUCAAACUCUGGUCAACUAUAUUUAACUGAAACUUCUGACCAACCCAACCCCCUGGUUCCAACAUCAUUCGGAGACACAAUUGAAACCUUAAGCCAAAAGUCUUUUAUCAGCAAAGAGCAAAGAUACCAAACCAACUUUGAUAACACGCCAUUGGCACAAACUGGUUAUCCUGCAUACUCUAUGCUGACAAAGAGAGAGACUGCUACAACAUUUGAUCCGUCUAAGCUUCAUCAAAUCCUUGGAAAGGGAUCCUCCAGUGGUAUCACCCACUAUACAGAAGUUAUGAAUGUCGAGAGGAAGGAGAAACCAAUUGAUUCACAUAAAGAAGAUAAAGCUAAACUAGAGAUAACAAAGCCUUCAGUCCCAUCUCCAGUUAAGGCUCAACCAUUUAAUUCCAAGUUCAAGAUAUUUAGACGCAGCGCUGUUGGAUUGAAUCAGGAGGAAGAAGAUGCUCUUAAUUUUGAUGUAGCUGAAAAAAUAAUACAGACUUCCGAAAAUUCUGAAGAUGCACUUCUCAAGAUGAUAAAUGCAGGGAAAAGCUUUGAUAAAGCUUUGCAACAGAUUCUUGGGAACCAGGAUAUUGAAAUGUUUAAGAAGAUUGUAGAUGAAUCUCAAAAAGAGUCUGAAGUAGAGACUGAAAAAUUGGUGGAACAUUUAAAUGUACAAAGAAGAUCUACCGAUGAAGAUCAAAAAGAACAGUUAGCAAAAGCAGUUGAAAAGUUCCAGCAAGUUAUGAACUCUGUUAUUGAGAAUCCUGGAAAUAGGUUUGCAGAUAUCAACAAGAUGAUGAAUGCCGAGAAUGAGCUGGAUUUAGCUGUACAUAAGGUUCUUGGGAACAAACAUGAAGACGAUGCUACUGAUGUGGAGAUGAUGGAGAAAAUCCUCAAAGAAGAAAAGAUGCCAAACUAUCGUCUGGAAAAAAGGUCUAAAAAUACUGAAAUGGAGGAUGCGUUUAAAAGAUCAGUUGACAACAUGAAGGCUGUGAAUAAGAUCUUGGAACACAAUGAAGGUAUGGAAAAGGCGUUAGAGGCAUUGAUUAAAGCUGAUCAUGAUAUCACAAAUAUAGUUGACACAAUCUUGGGACCAAAUAAGGUGGAAAAGCUUUCUCAUGCCAGAAGAAAACGAGCCCAUGGUGUUGGCUAUUAUGAUCCUGAAUAUCAAUGGUUGGUGAAGGAACUGGAUCUGCCUAUCAAUGACCAAAUUAACCUUCAUAAGUUAGAGACAGUUCUUCAGAAUGGUAGACAGGCAAGUAAUCCCUCAGAGAGUAGUUUGUAUACAAAUGACCCCUCUGUUCAUCAAUAUAACCCUGAACCUUCUCCAUCUUAUAACAGAGGUUCUUCAGAUCAAUAUCAUCAACCUGACCAAUAUCCCUACCCUGAAAAGCAAAGUCCACAAUUUCAUGAAUCAUCUGGUUAUUUCAGUCAAGGUUCCCAUCAACACAGUGAGCCACCCUUUCAAUAUGGUGAGCAAACUGGAGCAAAUCACAAUACCUAUUCUGCUUAUGAACAAAGUUCAGAAUUCCCAUCACAGGAAGUAUAUGACCUGUCUUCCGAUGGUUUCUAUAAAACCAGAUAUUCAAAACCAAUUUCUUUCAAUAGCCAGUCAAACCUUAAUCAACACAAUUCUCAGGCUUACAAAACUGAAAAAGGCCCAUUGGAAUCAUUAGUUGAUUCACUAACUCCAUUCAGGAAUGCUAUUCCCACUGAGAUAGAAGCAGCUUACCAUGGUGUUGUUGAGGUAGGCAAACAUGUAGGAAAGCGUAUAAAGCCAUUAGUGGAGACUGGUUACAGGAAUGUUGCUUACAGAUAUAUUCCUCAAGCUAAGAGAACCUUUAACUAUGCUGUUGAUAGUGUACCUGAAGAUAUAAAAGAUUUUGCUAGACAAGGACGUAAAAUAGUUGAAAGUAGGGCAAUUUAUGCAUCGGAAGUGGCCAAACCAAGGAUGAAAUCUUUGCAAGAAAGUCUUUGGUUACUCCAGGAGCAACUGAAACAAGUUGCUCAAGAAACAGGAGAGUACACAACGAGAGAAGUGGUUCCUGCCCUGAUCCCAGCAAUUCAAGGACUCUUGUUUGAUGUUCAAGAAACCCUUGAGCUUGCAAGCAAUAUUGUGGAGGAAGAUGUCAAACCUUUUGUUGGAACCAUGAAAGAUGAUGUGAUUAAGCCCACAUAUGAAGAGUUAACCUCUAAGGUAGUCUAUCCUGCAGCACAAACCAUGAGUGAUUAUGUGUUUAACCCAGUUGCUAGCUCAGUAAAUGAUUAUGUUGUGGAACCAAUAUCAGAGUCUGCCAGACCGGCAUAUAACAAAUAUGCUGUUCCUGCUUACCAGUCUGCUCGUCACUAUGCAGGAUCAGCUAUUUCUGGUGUCAAUUCUGCUGCUGAAUCUUCUAAAGUAGUUUACCAAGAAUCAGUUCGCCCAAGACUCGAAACCUUUGCUGAGAACUCCAAAGCAGUCUACAAAGAGAGUGUUCAGCCUAGACUUGAAAACUUCUCCAAUUCUACUUCUCAGGUUCUGCAGGAGAGAGUGAAACCAGCAGUAUCACAGGCAGCUGCAGCUGUUGGAGAGAGAGCUGCUAGAAUAGGAGGAUCCAUCAAGGAUGAUGUUGUUCCUCCUCUGCAGGAAGGUUUGAAGAACACUCUCAACAGUGUUUUCACUGGGAUUCCAAGCUUGGUCCAGAAGCUGAGUUAUGAAGCUCAUGAUGCUGCAAAGAUCUUCAGUGGCAAGUAUUCACAAUCUUUGGAGAAUCUUAAAGUGAAAGAGAAUCGAAGAAGACUGGAAGAGGAAAUAAAGCUGAGUAUGAUAAGAAAGGCCGAGGAGGAUGAGAAGAAUAGGAUCAGGAACAUGGAGUACAACGCUGAGAUGCAGUACAAGGACAAGAAUGGAGAAGAUGUUUCCAGUGAUGAAGAAGCUACUAUUGAGGAUGUUAAUGAUGAUUCUGUUUCAGAUGUUUCCAGUGAUGAAGAAGCUGCUAUUGAGGAUGUUAAUAAUGAAUCUGUUUUAGAUGUUUCCAGUGAUGAAGAAGCUACUAUUGAGGAUGUUAAUGAUGAUUCUGUUUCAGAUGUUUCCAGUGAAGAAGAAGCUACUAUUGAGGAUGUUAAUAAUGAUUCUGAAGAGGCUACUAUUGAUGAUGUUAAUAAUGUUUCUGUUUUAGAUGUUUCCAGUGCUGAAGAGGCUACUAUUUAGGAUGUUAAUGAUGAUUCUG